GCGGGAAGCGCCAGGAGGAAGCUACAAAAGUGCGGGGGACGGCAGCCUUCCCCUUUCCCAUCCGUUGCCAGCCUCCUGCUCUGCCCGCUGUAUCAAAGGCCCUGAGGGCUCCUGCUUGCUACACUGUUGUUUGAUAUUUGUAACCUAGGUUUUGCGCCCGUGAGAAAUGUCUGCACAGUACUAUCCUCCCCCGCCUGGAGCCUCGGGAUCUCCGGCGCCGAAGACGAACUAUCCUCCUCCUCCGACCUCGCCCCCGACUUCGCCCCCGGCCACACAGACCAAGUUUUCGUAUCCAGCACCACCAUCGCAAGGCCAGCCCGCCGCCCAAAGAAACUACCCGCCACCGCCGGGCCAGCAACAAUCGCCGCAGCCGCAGCAACAGUACUAUCCUUCUCCUCCGGGCGCACAAUCCCCGCCCCAGAGACACUACCCUCUUCCUCCGGGCGCCCAGGCGCAACCGCAAUUCACUGCCGCCUCCCCAACGCCGCCGCCGCAAGCGCACACCCCGGUCUCGUAUCCUCCCCCUCCUCCGCAACAGUCACAAUCGCCGCAGCUGCAUCAACAGCCCCCGCACCAUGCCGCACUAGCUCUGCACGGCCGGACGCACUCGGCCGCCUCGUCCCAGCAGUUUGCGCCGCCGCCGACGUACGCCGGACCUUCUGCUGGGGACUCGGCCGGCGCAACAGCCGCCGACGAAUACCCGCCCGAGAAAGGGGCCACUAGCCUUGCCGUUGCGCCCGAAUCGCCGCUCGACACGAGCGACCCAUCAAACCUCCAGGGGGGCGCACCGACGGCCGGCCACUUUGUCGGAGCCUCGGCGACCGUCGAUGAUGUGGGAACAUUCAACGGCGGGAGCUAUCGGAUCAGCCACCGCGACUCUAACACCAUCCUGACCAUACAGCUGGCCAUGGGCUGUCCACUCUCUGCUAAGCCAGGAACCAUGAUCGCCAUGUCACACACCAUCACUCUCAGGGGUAAACUAAAGUUUAGCGUCAAGAAACUCGUUGCCGGCGGCGAGAUGGGCGACUCGACCUUCACAGGCCCCGGGGAGCUGCUGCUGGCCCCGGCGAUGCUGGGUGACAUCACCAGCCUCCGACUCACAGGCAAGGAGUCCUGGUCUGUGGGCCACGACGGCUACCUAGCCUCAACCCAAGGCGUCAUCAAGGAGUACAAGAGGCAGAGUCUCGGCAAGGCAAUGUUCAGUGGCGAGGGUCUCUGGAUCUACAAGAUCAGCGGCAACGGCCUGCUCUGGCUCACGAGCUUUGGCGCCAUCAUUCGCAAAGACCUUGCGGACGGCGAGAAGUAUGUUGUCGACAACGGCCACCUGGUCGCGUGGGACACCAAGUAUAUUCUCGAGCGUGUCUCUUCCGGUGGCCUCGUGUCGGGCUACGCCUCUGGUGAGGGUCUGGUGUGUAAAUUCACCGGCCCUGGAACGGUCUUCCUCCAAACGAGGAACGCGAAAUCUUUCAGUGCCUACAUGGGUGGUCAGGUCAACGCCGGCAUGUAAAAUAUAUCUUGUUACUAUGUUCUCCAUGUAAUACCGGCGUCUGUAUUCUCUUCGCCGCUGUGCUCCAACUAUCUACCUUUUCGGGGAGCUCACUGGCCUGGAUAAUGCUGUCUUUUUUUUUUUACCUGUCUUCUCUUGAAUAAAUACGACGUCAUGCUUGCUUGAUUUGCCCUGGAUAACCUUCCCAAGGCUAGGCAAACAGCUAGAUCUGGCCUUCAGUGUAGAAUGUCGCCAUGAGCCCCGAGAUUAGUUCUUGAUUGAGAGCCGAAUUUACCAGCUCCGGCGCAGCAGUUCUGGCUAGAUGUCUGCCUAUAUAAUCCCCCCAAAAGUGGGGCUCGGCAGCCUCCGUCUGAUGUUUCGACCGCCCG